CCAUCCAUCCAUCACAACGAUGUUCCAAUCGAUGACUCAAAGAUUAUCGGCGAACUCCGGAUGCUCGUCAUUCUUACAUUCGUCCUGCAGCUUCGACAGAAUAAGGAUCCGUCAAAACGUGACGAGUCUUGGAAGUUGAGACUAAAAAGACGAUUCAUUUCAGAGCUAAAUUCAAUUGAUUCGCACGUAACCGCCAUCGGGGACGCACUCUCGUCGCAGCAUCAUGUCCGAGUUCUGUACGGGAGGAAUGAUCUGCAUCAAAUGUUCAGUGAAAUCAACGAUGUCGAUAUGGUGUUAUUCUUCGUACGCUGGUGCUCUCAUUGUCAGAAAUACGUGCCUAAACUAAUAAGGUUCGCCGAGGAUAUUCAAGGAUGGUGGCCAGUUCUUCAUAUAGGUGCAAUGGAUUGUUACGACAACGCAGAGACCUGCUCGGAGUAUGGGGUCAACGCAUACCCUGAAAUGAAGCUGUUCUGGAAAGCGGGCGAUGCGCCUAGAAGUCCGGAGGGCGAGUCCGUCAAUAGCUCGACUGACCCGUUGUUACGUGCUGAAAUCAUAGACUUCAUCGAGAAACAUAUCAAACUCGGUGUACCUUCAAGGAAUCUGCCCGAUUUGAACCCAAGCAGCGCUAAAUGUGUGAGUGAUCUAUGGCUUUCGAUGCCAUCCAACGUCAAGAAGAUACUUGCCGUUAUAGAGCCGAAAUUAUCGUACGUUGGCAUAGAGCUCAUACUCGACCUCAGUGGAUUUAAUAGCGUAAGGGGCAUUCGUUUCAUUGUUGGUGUCACGCCGGCUGAACUAAAGAGUAUCAGGGCAACCUCGUUGGUCCUUCUAGAAAGAGCGCAAGAGCAACGAUUACUUGUGACGGUCAAGAAUACCACUGAAGCACGUGAGAUGUUCAAGAGCCAGCUAGAGAAAAUCGGAAUCCGUCCACGUCAGGCAGCGCUCCAAAACCCUCUAAUUAAGACAGGCCCUAAGGACAGCAAAACAUCUGUCAUAAAGAUAGCAGCCGAUCCUCGGAAGGUGUAUGUGGACGAUAUCGAGACUGGACUGCGAUAUAUGCUGCAUAGCGAACUGACACUUGUUGACGAAUUCAACUCGACACAACUCGAUACUCUCAGAAUCUUUAUAGGGGCAAUCGCUUUGUACAUCCCACUACCUGGACAAACGGAGUCUUAUUUGAGGCGUGUGCACCUUCUGCUCGUUCGAAAUCGACCGCCACUCAAAGCAGCGACAUUUCAAUCGAUUUUGAAAAAUGCUACCAAAGGCUUUUCGUUUCGUGAUCGCGACUUCAUCGGCUGCAAGGGUAGUGAGCCGAACAAACGCGGCUACCCGUGUAGCCUUUGGAUUAUCUUUCAUCUUAUGACGGUGGGCUGUUACGAGAAACAUUUGCAAGGAAACGAGCAGAACCCUUAUAAAGCUAUUCGCUUGGUCCGUGACUAUGUACUCAACUUUUUCACGUGCAAAAAUUGUGUCAGCCAUUUUGCUAAAGCGGCGGCAAAUCUUGACUCUGAACUUGAUAAGCCCGCUAACGGCGUUCUCUGGCUAUGGAAAACUCAUAACGACGUCAACGUGAGACUUAAGGGCGAUAUAAGUGAAGACCCGGAGCAUCCUAAAGAGCUCUUUCCCAAUGUGAACAUUUGUGAACAAUGUCAAGAUGAAUCCGGAAGUUUUCAACAAUGGAGAGUGCUGGAAUUUUUGGUCACGCACUACGGUCCGGGUAACAUCUAUGAUGGGACAUUACGCCAAAGAGCUUUUGACUGGGUGCUGAUAUCGAUAAUUCUCGUCCUUCUUGGAGUGCUUGCGGCCAUCAUAGUUACCCUCUGCCAGAUCCCACGAGCGGAAGAUAUCGAAAAAUAUGUAGAGGAAACAUCUGACGUCCCUGCGAAAAACGACGCCAUAAUGAAAUCAACUUCCAAGCAAACUGCCGCGGUGACAGAUACGACGCCUACUAAUUAGGUAGCACUACAUGACAAAUCAAAGAAAGCGACAAUACCAAGGCACGACGAUAAUGUAUGCAGCUUGCGUAUAAUGUUCAUUCACGCGUGCGUUAAUUUGCAUACUGGCAACAUAAAAAUACUACGCACAUAAUAAACACAUGAGAAAUAUAUAUAUAUUCAAAAUUACGUUUGUGUUGCUGUACUGUUUUGAAAAUAAAAGCAACAUUUACUCAACAUUAUCCCAUUGCAACCUAUACAGCAUACACUUCGUGUAAUUUUCUGGCUAGAAAAAGUUGCAUGUUCCGCACCAUUUCGGUCAGAUGACCUUAUUAUUUUGGCUACAAACAAGUAAACAGAAGCGACGCCGUACGAUUAGGCUGAAUUGUAAUUUAUUAAGGAACCGCUUGCGCUGUUUUACCGCUAAAAGAAACAUGAAUCAGUCGUAGCUCAUGGUUUACCCUUAGUGGCUUUUCGCAGUAGAAACUUAGUUCCUGUCAUCUGAGAGAGUUACGGUCAGCACAUGAUUGCUAGCGUGUUGCAUGCUGAUUUAGGCCUAUUUUGUCGAAGGAUGUUCAUAGACGAACCCGUUAAUCUUUGGAAAAAUGAGCAAUAUAUUAUUGGCGUAUUAAAUGUUUGUUCAGUUAAUAAUUUCAUGAUAAUUACUUUCUGUCUGUAAACAGCAAAAGCUAGUUGAUUUUCUGGUUAGCCAAUUAUGUGCGUUAUGGCGAUGUUUCUUAGUAUUUAGCAAGGCAGGUCGCACUCCGUUUCUUUGGCGAGAGUGCCUUUUGUGCAAGCAUUCUUGCAAACCCUUAUGCCGAUGAUAACGUGUAAGGCGCGCAGUAUGAAA